CUUCAAUGCAUCGCGCGGUGUAUCUCAGGCAUGAUGUGUCUCAACCAUCGGUCUGGUGGUUCUGUCUAUCCCAUCACUCGUGGCGCUCCCUUCCCUCCGUCCGUCACUUUCUCCCCCGCCCAUCCCAUGAAUGAAUCAACACAAGGCGUCAGCGUUAUGGAUAUGCACACAAUGCAACACCAGCCAGCAGCCAGGCACCCAACCCCGACAGACGGCCGUAGUGUACACGACAGACAGACAGACAGACAGACAAGACAGACAUCCACACAGCACACACGAGUCAGUCAUUCUCAGUCAGAUUCUGCACGCAUGGAUGCCCCCCCUCCCUCCCUCCCUCCCUCUAUCAUCUGUGAUUCAAUGGUUGGUGUUAGGUCAGGUCACUUUCCGCUUCUUGCUCCGCGUCAUGUAUGUCGGCUCAGCGGCGACGGGCACAGCGGCUGCAGCAGGGUCAGAAAUCGGCUGGUCGGCGGGAUUGGCUGGCGCCACAGCCUCCACCGCCGCCGUCCCCCUCUGCCGCUUCUUGCCGUCGCCCGCCUGAUGGUUCCUCCUUCGCCCCUUGGCGCCUCGCUGGCCGCCCUCGUGCAGCUCAGUGUCCGCCGCCCUUUUGUUGUUGCCCUUGUUGUUCUCUGUCCUGCGGGCGCUCUGGGGCGCAUAGGGGCGCUGCUGCUCCUCACUGGCAGCCAGGAGGGAUCGCUUCUUGCCCCGCUCUGUCUGCUCCUGUUGCAGUCCGAGCCCUGGCGCCCGGCGCCUUGUGUGCAUGAGCAGCUUCUCCCUGUGCUGCGUGACGGCCUGCUGGGCGGCGUCGAGGAGGAAACCGAAGGGCAGAGUGGCGAUAUCAGGGGCACCCAUGGUGGUCGGGCUGAAGGCCUCACACACCGACUUCGGCUGCACACAUACGUACAAGAGAGGCACAAAGAUGCAAUCAUGGAUCGGGUCGACGGACGGCUUGGGAGGGGUUUCCUCUGUCUGCCCACCAGGGAGUGGGUGUUGAUGCGCGCCAGGGCCCGUGCGAUCGUGAGAGGCGCCAGAUGCUUGACAGCCACGUCUCUCGUGCUCACGGUCGGUGGCUGCUCAGUCAACUCGUACAGAAGAGGCCUGCAUGGAUAACACACAAAGCAACCGCAUGCACAGUGGAUGGAUGGAUGAAUUGAUGUGCUGCAUGACUUAGUACAUGUUCUUGAGUGUGUUCUUGACGGCGUGUGAGAGCUGGUUGGCGAUCUUGGUGCGGUGCCUGACGCCGUUGCGAGUACUGAUGCCCCACUGGUCGACUUGGUCACUGUUCAUGGGGGCCGAGACGAAUAGCUGCACACAAGACACAGACACGCACACGCACACAGUGAAAGCACUGAGCUCGGCAAAGAGACAGACGUACCACGCAGAUGUACUUACGUGUUUGAAUCUGAGGAAACUUUCGCUGCCGAUCUCGCCGCCGCAGAUUUCCAGCCGCGACUGCACAAUGAGGCCGUCGGCCUUGGCUGCGCCGACGGCGGCGUCGCACACCACCUGCAGCAGACUACGGGGACACCCAGCACCGCCCUGGGUAUGCGCGAAAUACGCCUGCACGCAUUCAAAGACACUGCGGUGUGGGCCGUGUGUGGGGGUGAGUGAGUGAGUGAGUGUGUGCGUACCUGGACGAGCGAAUUCAGUUUGUCUUGUCGCGCCUGUGCGCCGGUUUCCUUGGUGGACAGGUACAAGGCCAUGAAGGCCGCCUCCAAUUUGGCAACACUACCCCUGAUCGAUACACACGCGCAUGGAUGGACGCCACACACACACACACACACACAGACAGAGAGAGAGAGAGAAGAACACAUACAAGCCCGUCCCCCCUCCCACCCCUGUCUGUCCGUGUAUCUAUCUGCCUGCCUGCCUGCCUGCCGCUCCUUACUUGAGUGUCUCAUACAGCUUCUGUAGGGUAGCCUCCACAGCCGCCCUCAUGCCCCCAAAUGCAUCCUCACGACCAUCUUCCUGUUGCUCGCCUCCCCUCAUGACGACCACCACGCCCCACGCCUGCCAAUCGCACCUGCCCACCGCGAAGCCCUCGUCAUGCGCCGCCUUGGCCAGCUCCUUUGACAGCUCCGGGGGGCUCCUGCCCGUGGCGGUGACGGCGUCCGUCGCACGCACACUCCACACACCAUUGGCGUGCUGCGUGGCGCUGGCCAUGAAGGACCGCAUGAAGUCGCAUUUCUCGCACACGGCUUCCUUGGUGGUCCGGGAGAAGCGCAGCUUGUAUGUGAGGGGCACGUUUGGGUAGAUGCGACUGGUGCUGGUGGUGGGUGGGCCGUCUUGCUGCUGCUGCUGCUGCUGCUGGUGCUGUAUCGUCUGGUCGAGCAUGCGGAAGAAGGUCGUGACAUCAUCGGGUGCCUGGGCCUUGAGAGCCGCCAUGGCGUUAGUCGACGGCAGACUGACGGCCACCACACGACCACCACCACCACCUUGGCCACUUUCAGGCUGCUGGUCCGACCGGCUGACGUGUAUAGAUGUGUGGAUGCUGGUGUUGGUGUGUGCAUUGGGGCGUGGCUUGAUGAGGCCGUCCAUGAGUGUGCAGGCGAGGCGUGUGGCCGCCCAGGGGUCCACCAACGGCACGCUCGCGUUGCGGUGCAUCAUGAGAAGGUCCUCGGGACGCACGAAGACAUGAGAAUGGCCGCGGGGGCCAUCAGCACCUGACACACAGACAGACAGACAGGCAGGCAGGCAGGCAGAGAGAGGGAGAGAGGUACGGUGCAGACGUGUCGGUCGGUCGUGUUAUGCCCCCGCGGUCAUGCGUGUGUACGCACCGUUGUCGUGCGGCUGUCCGCCUGUGUAUUUGGUGUCCUUGACGUAGUUCUCGAUAGACUGCGGGAUGGUCAUGUGGAUGACCCCAUCCGCUCGCGGCGCGUGGCCUGCGUGGACGAGGUCAACGCCAUUCGUCGCAACCAACACGCGAACCUUCCCUACACACACAUAGACACGACACAACACAACACCGGUGGGCAGGCAUGUUAUGUCAUGCGUGUCUGUAUGCUCCGCGCGUGUGUGUGUGUGUGUGUGGAUGGACGCCCAUAGCCCACUCAGUCCUUCACCUGUCAUGAAUCGGUCCAUCACGGCGGCCAGCUGUGCCCUCGUUCGCCCCAAGUGAUAGGUCUCCACCUCCCCAAACGCACCUGCAAAGCACACAACAAACCACAACAGUACACAGUACAAGUGCAUGUGUCAUCCAUCCACCAGCCUGUCACUCUCUGAGUGGUGUGUAUGUCCUAACUUACGUGUUUUCAUCAGGGCAUCUGCAAGCAUCUCAGCGUCAGACUGUCGCCAUGCAAAGACGACGAUGGUCUUCAUGGCCGCCCAGGGAUACUUCCUGAGCAGCGACUUGACCUCCAUGACCCGGUGGAAGUCCCAACGGUGCUCGCUGUACGUCAUGCCAAAGACGCCAUCGUCAUUGGAGCCAGCUGGACAGACAGCACAGGGAGGAAAGGAGUUGAGGGCUUAUUGUUCAGAUGUCUGUCUGUCUGUCUGUCUGUCUGUCUGUUUUGGGUCUGGCGUGUCUGUCCGUUGUGGUUGUGUGCAGCGCCUGUGUACCUGAGUCUUGGCGACGUUCUUGGCCGUUGGCGGGGCGGUCGCGCGCAGACAAAGACUCAGGCACCUGCACACAGACAGACAUAGAGUGACGAUGCCCAAAGAUGGAGGGAGGCACAUCAUAUCGACAAAGUUUGUGAGUGAGAGAUUAAUCCUCACUCACUCACUCGAGGUUCGUUGACAUCUCGAUUGGCAAGACGGCUCCUAUCCCUUUUCCCCAUGGUCUUCCUGUUCUCCUCCCCACCCUGCUGCCGCUGCUGUGUGACGGGGGAGGGCAUCUCCAGAGGCAGGAACGGGUUGUGGAUAGGCGGAGACGGAGGCGCCGCGCCGCGGAGGUCCGGCCCCUGCUGCCUGCCGCUCUGCAGCUCCUGUGACCGUGACGCGACGGGCAGGGACGACAGCGGGUGCGAUGCCCUCUGCUGCUGGGGGUGCUGGGGGUGGUUGGUUGUGGGUGAGCGACGGUGACCGGAAUGCGGCAAACCGUUGGUCCCAUACUGCGAAUCAGCACGUGAGUGGACGUUGCGUGACGAGUAGGAAGGGUGAAGAGCGAUGGACGGUUGGCUCAGCUGCAGGCGUGACAAGGGUCCUGAAGGCCGUGGGGGCUCCGGCGAGCCCGGGCUGCCCGGCAUGACUGCUGAUGAACAAAGAACACUGACCAACUCAGACCUGCACACACAGCAGCACAGCCAUCCGUCACCGAGGUCAGAUUAUCGCUGCAUGCGAACAUGCGGUGCCCGGCAGUGCCCGUACGGUGCUCAUCCACAUGGCAUUUUGUCCCACCCGCGGCUUCCUGCCUCGUCUCAGCUUCGCUUACUUGAACUAUUGUGACAAACCGCGUUCUCUAUGACGUCAGACAGCGGCGUUCGCCUCUGCAAAAGGUGUGGAGAGCCAUUUUUCCGCCAUCGCAGAGCUUUUCAUGUGACUGGGGUCGGAUAGGUUUCACGGAUAAGCUCGCAGAUGCCGCCUCGAUGCAAGCGAUGCAGCCUGUCAU